CCCAUAAAAAAUUCCGCUAAACCGCUUAAUGGAUAAACCAGAAUCAACGUCGUUCUCCUCUACUGUAUCUUCAAUUUUGAAUCCCUCUAAAACCCUAAUUUGGAAACCUUCAAUUGCAUUCCGCACGAAAAAUUAAGCUCAACUUUUUUAUUGCUACAUUACAGUCUAUCAAAACCCCCCAAGUUUAUCAAAUGCUCCGAAUGUGAAAUUUAGCAAAAAAUGACCACUAUUGACUCCCUUUUAUCUGCAAGGGUUUAUCUUCCCAAACCCUAUCGAAACUCCUUAAAAUGCACCAGAAAAUUCCGAUCAAAGGCGCCAUUUCUUCAUCGAUCAUUCACCGUUUUAUGUCAAUUGAAUUCAAGCUCUGUGUCACAGCCAAGUGACACUAAAAAAGAAGAUUUUAUCACUAAAGUUUUAAAGGAAAACCCUAGCCAAAUUGAGCCCAGGUACCUAAUUGGUGAGAACUUUUAUACUUUAAAAGAGAAAGAUAAAUUGAGUAAGAACACGGGUCUUUUUGAAUUUUUAGCUAAGUGGUUGAAUUUUAAAGAGAAGGAGAAGAAAGAGAGUCAAAAUGAGGGUAAAGAUGUGUAUUUGAAGGAGAUUUUGAGGGAAUAUAAGGGUAAGUUAUAUGUUCCUGAGCAGAUUUUUGCGGCUGAAUUAUCCGAAGAAGAAGAAUUUGAUCGAAACUUGGAGGAGUUGCCUCUAAUGAGCUUUGAGGAUGCUAAGAAAGCAAUUAAGACGGAUAAAAUUGAGCUGUUGACUUCAAAGGAGGUUACGAGCACUAGUUUUUUAAAUGGUUAUAGAGAGUUUAUUGUGGAUUUGAAGGAAAUUCCGGGCGAGAAGACCUUACAUAGAACUAAAUGGGCAAUGAGACUGGAUCAAGAUGCUGCUCAAGCUCUUUUGGAGGAGUACAAGGGUCCCCAAUAUGAAAUUGAACGGCAAAUGAAGUCCUCGGUGGGGAAGUUGCCAGACUAUCCUAAUUCAGUAGCAUUAUCCAUAUCUGGCAGAUUGAUGGUAGAGCUUGGAAUGGUUACAGCUGUGAUGGCUGCUGCUGCAGCUGCAGUUGGAGGUUUCCUAGCUUCUGCAGUUUUUGCUGCUACCAGUUUCAUCUAUGUAACAACUGUAUAUGUUGUAUGGCCUGUGGCCAGGCCAUUCCUUAAGCUGUUUCUCGGUCUCAUCUCCAGCAUUUUUGAGGGAAUUUCCGAGUAUGUUGUUGAUUUUUUCAGCGACGGAGGAGUCAUCUCUAAAUUAUCUGAAUUUUACACAUAUGGUGGUGUAUCUGCGAGCAUUGAGAUGCUAAAGCCCAUUACGCUUGUGCUUUUGACCAUGGUUCUUCUAGUCCGUUUCACACUUUCAAGAAGACCUAAGAACUUCAGGAAGUGGGAUUUAUGGCAAGGCAUUGAUUUUUCACGUUCUAAAGCAGAAGCUCGUGUUGAUGGAUCAACUGGAGUUAAAUUUGGUGAUGUUGCAGGGAUUGAUGAAGCAGUAGAGGAACUUCAAGAGUUGGUGAGGUACUUGAAGAAUCCAGAGCUGUUUGAUAAAAUGGCAAUAAAGCCUCCACACGGAGUACUUUUGGAGGGUCCUCCUGGAUGUGGCAAGACCUUGGUUGCCAAGGCCAUCGCUGGUGAAGCUGGAGUUCCAUUUUACCAAAUGGCUGGAUCUGAAUUUGUUGAAGUCUUAGUUGGUGUUGGUUCUGCUCGUAUUAGGGAUCUAUUCAAGAGGGCCAAGGUCAACAAACCAUCAGUUAUAUUCAUUGAUGAAAUUGAUGCAUUGGCAACUAGGCGUCAAGGGAUUUUCAAGGAAUCUACUGACCACCUUUAUAAUGCUGCUACUCAAGAGAGGGAAACUACAUUAAACCAGCUCUUGAUAGAGCUUGAUGGGUUUGACACUGGAAAAGGUGUUAUAUUUUUAGCUGCUACAAAUCGUAGAGAUUUGUUAGAUCCUGCUCUUCUUCGACCAGGUCGUUUUGAUCGCAAGAUAAAAAUACGUGCUCCUAAUGCUAAAGGAAGACUGGAAAUUUUGAAAAUUCAUGCAAGCAAAGUGAGAAUGUCCAAGUCUGUUGAUUUAUCGAUUUAUGCCAAAAACUUACCUGGAUGGACUGGUGCAAAAUUGGCUCAGCUGGUCCAAGAGUCUGCCCUCGUGGCAGUCAGGCAAGGGCAUGCAUCAAUUCUUCAAUCCGACAUGGAUGAUGCAGUGGACCGACUUACUGUAGGACCAAAGCGUGUUGGGAUCGAGUUGGGUAAUCAGGGACAGUGUCGUAGAGCUACUACUGAAGUUGGAGUUGCUAUGACUUCCCAUUUGCUUAGGCGAUAUGAAAAUGCAAAAGUUGAAUGCUGUAGUCGCAUUUCAAUUGUCCCUCGUGGUCAGACGUUAUCACAAGUUGUCUUUCAUCGGCUUGACGAUGAAUCAUACAUGUUUGAGCGUCGACCACAACUCCUCCAUCGCCUUCAGGUUCUCCUUGGAGCAAGGGCAGCUGAAGAGGUUAUUUAUGGGCGAGACACAUCGAGGGCAUCUGUUUCCUAUCUUGCAGAUGCAUCUUGGCUUGCUCGUAAAAUUUUGACCAUAUGGAACUUGGAGAACCCACUGGUCAUACAUGGAGAACCACCGCCUUGGAGAAAGAAAGUUAAAUUUGUGGGCCCACGCCUGGACUUUGAAGGAUCACUAUAUGAUGACUACGGUCUAAUUGAACCCCCUGUCAACUUUAAUUUGGAUGAUCAAGUUGCAGAGAGAACUGAGGAGUUGAUAAGUGAUAUGUAUGGAAAGACGCUUUCUUUGCUAAGACAACACCAUGCAGCUCUGCUCAAAGCUGUGAAGGUUCUGAUAAAUCAGAAAGAAAUUAGCGGAGAUGAAAUUGAUUAUAUUUUGAACAAUUACCCUCGGCAAACGCGAUUAAGCGUUGUACUGGAGGAGGAAAAUCCAGGAAGCCUUCCAUUCACCAAAAAUGAAGUGGAGCCUGAAUCGGUUUAUGCACAGCUAGCUUCUGCAGAAGUGCAAACUCUUUAAAGAGGGACUGCAUUUUCACAUUGAUAUGGCUACAGAAAAUGAAGACGAGCAUUAAAAUUUCUGUUUCGCUGUUAGAGCGCAUAACGAAGACAGGCAUGGAAGUUUUGUCGUGUAUCAGAAAUGCUGACUGUGAAGUAUUUCGUCAUUCAUCUUUGCUCUGGUUGCUUGGAGAUCGGCGGAGCAAUUUAAGCCACAGUCCCGAGUGCAAGGGAAUGAAAUCAGAUGGCUUGAACAAGUUACAGUUUUGCAAAUUUUGUAUGUACCUGUUUAUUUGUAUUAUAUAACCAUUUCGCUGCAAGUUCGUACUCUAAAGUGCCGUUUGGUUCAAGAUUGGGAAUCGGAAUGAGAAAGAAUGGGAAUGGGAAUGAUUGUUUUCA